AUGACCCUGGAGCAGGAAAUCCAUCAGAUCACCCAGAUUCCCAUCGGAGCACUGCGUGGACAGAGCCUUGCAAAUUUUGGUGUUGAGCAACGGAUAAACUGGGCGACCACCCGCACGAAGAAAUGGAAGGAAGACAAGGUCUACUGCUUGCUUGGGGUCUUCGAGGUGUUUCUACCUCUUAUCUACGGCGAAGGGGAAGCAAACGCCACUCGGCGGCUCCAAGAGGAAAUUAAAAAGCGGCAGAAGGGUCAAGGAACGGAAAGUCUUCGUGAGAUUGGAGUCCCACCGUCGUUGCCCUUUCCUAGGAACGAGCUGUACGUUGGGCGAGAGGAUCAGCUGCGGUGGCUGGAUCAACACCUUCGUAUCUCAGACGCGUAUCCUCGCGUUACGAUCUGCGGACUCGGUGGAUGUGGGAAAUCCGCACUUGCAAUCGAAUUCGCCUAUCGUGUCCUUGCAGCAAAUGCGACUCACAUGGUUUUCUGGGUGCCAGCGAUCAGUCACGAGAGCUUUGAGCGUGCCUAUCGAGAAAUCGGCGCUGCGUUUUGUAUACCCGAAAUUACGGACGAAAAUGCGAACAUCAAGCAGUUGGUGAAGGAGGCACUAUCUAUGGACAGUAGACGUGAUUGGCUGAUGAUUGUCGACAAUACCGACGAUCCUAGUGUCCUAUUGCGGAGACUGAACUGUGAUCUCGGGGAUGUUCGACUGCACGACUACCUCCCACGGAGUACCCGCGGCAAAAUCCUAUUCACCACGCGCAGCAGGAAGAUGGCUGGGGAACUCACCCCAGGUGCCAUCUUAGACCUUCACGACAUGAGCAGAGCAGAAGCGAGACAGCUGCUGGCGCGCCGAAUUACGAAUCCGGCUCUUCUCAAUGAUGGAAAGGCUGUUGAUGAAUUGCUCAGCUUGCUUGAAUAUCUACCGCUUGCAAUUGUGCAAGCAGCGGCCUUCAUGGAUACUAACGACGUCUCGGUAUCAAAGUAUGUCUCACUGUUGCAACAGGAAGACAUUGCGGCUGAUCUGUUUGGUCAGCAUUUCGAAGACGCCAACCGGUAUCGAGAUAUAGAAAGCACCGUUGCCAAGACAUGGCACAUUUCGUUCGAACAAUUACGCCGACAAGACCCGCUUGCUGCUGAGUACCUGUCGUUCGUGGCGUGCAUUGAUCGGAUCGGCAUUGCUCAAUCACUACUGCCUCUCGAUGGCUCCGUGGUGCAGCGGGUGAAAGCGAUUGGUACGCUCAAGGGCUACGCGUUCAUCACGGAACGUUAG